GGGUAGGGAGUUCUACUUACCUCAUAAACCCGUGAUACGUGAAGCUGCACAAACAACGAAAAUCCGUGUAGUUUACGAUGCAUCCGCUCGAGCGACUCCAAGUGCUCCAUCCUUGAAUGAUUGCCUUUACCCAGGCCCGCCGUUACAGAAUAAGCUUUGGAGCGUAUUGGUUCAUCAUCGUUCAUUUCCAGUUGCACUUUGUGGCGAUAUAGAAAAGGCAUUCCUCCAGAUCCGAAUAAAAGAACAAGAAAGAGAUGCCUUACGGUUUCACUGGAAGAGUGACAGUCAACCUGAACCCUUGACAUAUAGAUUCACAAGAGUCGUCUUCGGCCUAACUUGCUCCCCAUUUCUGCUUGGGGGAGUGCUAGAGCAUCACCUAGAAACUUGGAAAACAAAGAUGCCAGAUAUCGUUGAGGAACUGAAGAAAUCUAUGUAUGUCGACGAUCUGCUUAGUGGGGGACAAACAGUAGACAAAGCCAAGGAAAGGAAAAGGAAAUCAAUCGAUGUAUUCAACGACGCCAAUUUCAAUUUACAUAAGUGGAACUCAAAUGCCCAUGAGCUUGAAGCAGAUGAAGAAGAAAAGGAUGAUGAAGAAGAAACUUUAGCAAAACAACAACUUGGAACUAAAUCUGGAGAAUCUAAAGUGCUGGGACUGUUAUGGAAAAAGAAAAGUGACGAGAUUUCCAUAGUGAUCCCAUCAGAGAAAUCGGCAAAAACGAAACGUGAAGUACUGAGUAGAUUGGCUCAGGUUUAUGACCCUUUGGGAAUUACAUCACCCUUAAUUCUAGAGGGAAAGAUAAUUUAUCGUGAUAUCUGUAAGGAGAAGCUCUUGUGGGAUGUACGGCUAAGCCAUUCUUUGAAGUAUCGAUGGGACUGCUGGGAGAGCAAUCUUCCGUGUGAAGUAAGUGUUCCGCGAUCAUUAGCUGGGUUCCGAGAACCAAUCAAGUCUUUAGAGCUGCACGCAUUCGGGGAUGCUAGCACACAAGGUGUAGGAGCUGCAGUGUACUCAGUUAUUCAUCAAGAAUCGGGAACUACUCAAAUUCUAGUUGCUGGUAAAAGUCGUCUGGCAAAGAGGACCUAA